UUUCGCGCUGAAAACAAGCCGCUCCGUGAAUACUUUCUAUUGAUAGGUCUCUUUUUAGCAGACACUUUAGUUCAGUCUCAGGUAAAAGUAAAAUGUUACUUUUUACACAAUCUAUAGGCCUGCGUGAGUAUUGAGGAGACUGUAAUUCUUUAGGCUUUUCUCUUAGCAAAGAUCUUUUCAGCACAGUUAUCAAUCUCCACCAAGCUUUCUGCAGAUCGAUACAAAAUGGCAUCAAUCCAUGGAUCACUUGCCAAGGAGGCCAUUGCGCUGCUCAAUAAGUUCAGUGCUGGCAGACAGUGUUUGGAUGACUUCAUGGAAGACACUUCCAAGGAUCUGCAGAACAUGGAUACUCUGCAUAAGAAGUUCAUACUUGAUGUCGUUUCUGGAUGCAUAGAGCACAAAAAGUUACUGGACGUAGUUAUCAAUGUCUUCUAUGGCCAGAAUGGGAAAUGCUUAUCUAGAGAUGACCGCAGCCAGUUUGUCAUUAUCUGUUACCUUGCCACAUUUUCUCUUGAUGACCUUGGACUUCAGCGUUUUAGCAACAUUAUCAAAUCUCUGGACAUCAAGAAGAUGCACAUGUUCCUGACUUUCUUCUUCACAAACCUCACCACGUGGAUACAAGAUGAGUGGAAUAGUAUCUAUGACGCUGCCUAUGUGGAGAAACACUGGAUUAACCCUCUGCUAAGAUGGGGCCCUGAGAUGGAUAUUCUCAUUGACCGGCUUGCUGUCAAAAUAUCUGGUGGAAGUCAGGUCAAGAAAGCUCCAAUAAAAACCACUGAGCCCCAGGAGUUCUCUCUCUCCAAACCUAAACCUCGACCUCUGCCUAUGCCUGAGCUCAUUCCACAGCAGGAAAAAUCUAAACCAGUGCCAAAAAGCACAUACAUGGCUCCUAAAGAAACACAGAUGAUGGAGGAGAUCAAACAAAAGAACCAUCAAAGGACUGAGGAACUGCUCUAUGAGGCAAAUAUGAAACAGUUCAGAUGUGGAAAUCCACAGAAGUCUGAACACACCAAGAGAGUGGUGUCUCAGAUUAAGGAGAACUUGGAUUCAAAACUCAAGUUCAAUUCAUUUCAUUCCUCUGAACUUCCCUCCAGUUAUAAGAAUAACAGCUGGCCCAUCAAGCUCAACAGUGCAGCCAUCCUGAGACAGGGGGCGCUAUAUGACCAUCAGUUGGAGAAGGAGCUGCAAAGAAUGGAGAGUCUGGUGGAGGGCGCACGUGAGCCCUCGUCUUUCCACCAGUGGCAGAAGGAGAUGCGUGAGAAGGACCUUCAGGAGGAGCUGGCCAAGAUUGAGCGCAGGCGCCUGGAGGGACGCAUCAGUUAUGAAGAGGCAGCAAUGGCCCGCACACGCAUAAUGGAACGCAACCAGAAGACUGCUCAGCUGCAGAAAGAAGAGACAGCUCAGCUGAUGCGGAGAUAUGCUGAGAAAAGGUUGCAGGAGGAAAAAGAAAUGAGAGACUUGGUGCAACAAGUGGCAGAAGGACACAAGAACUCAAAAACAGCUAAAGAGAAGUUACAGAAAAUCAAGCAAAGUAUAGUGAAAGAAGUCUCAGAGCAAAGACGAGAGCUCCUUCGCCAAGCACUGGAGGAAGCACAAGCAGAGCUCAGCAGGAGAUUUGAAAUCAUCUGUGAAAUCCGCGCCAUUGAAUCACUUCCUCACGUUAGAGUCAGGAAUUUUGACGACUCAGAGACUGCAGGCCAUGAGCUGCUGGGAGAGAUGUCCCUGGUGGAGCUGAAGGAGCGGCUUGCUCUCCUGAGGGAGGCGCAGCAAACACAGCAGCAGGAGAAACGGGAGCACAUCCUGGAGGAGAAGCAGAACAAGAAGCAGCUGCUGUUGGAGCAGCUGGACACCAUCAACCUCCACACGAGAGCGCUGGCACAGGCUGCUGUCAUAAGGAAAAAGGAGAGGGAAGCCAGGCCAGGUUUUCGGCAGGCGAGGACUCGGGAUGAGACAGUUUUGGCUCUGCAGAAGAAGCUUGUAGAGAAACAACAAGAGCACCAAAGACUGAAGCAAAUUGAAAGCAGGAAGGCCAAACACUCUGAACAGGCAGCAGCACACACAGAAGAGAGAAACACAGGGACACACGACAAAAAAAGCUUGACAGUGAAAAGCUGGGAGGAAUUGGAGCUGAGCUUAGAGCGUCACAUCCAGAAGGACGCUCCUUAUGUUGUUUCUCAGACAGAAACACUCAAGACAUAAAUAUGCUCCACAGGCCUGUGAAUGUUUAAUUUUAGAUCAGAAGGGUCUCUAGUUAUAUUUGUUGCAAGUAAUGUGUGGAAUGGUUAGCUUUUCAUCUUUUUGUUGUGUUCUUUGACACAUUUUGCAUUAAAAUUGUUGGAA